AAGAAAACACAAAGUCCACACAGUCGGAGGGGUGCGAACCUCCAACCUGCGUUCUGUGAGGUGACAGUGCUAACCACCGCAAAUAAUUUUUGAUAUUAAUUCUGUGAUCUUCUUGGACACCCCUAUGCUGAACCGUUAGUGGUAUCGUCCAAAGAACGACGAAGAACACGGAAGUGGUUCGCUGUUUGUAGCAUUUCCGCUUUCAGAUAAGAGCCGGAUAAAGAGAAAUGACAGCGACUCUGCGUCCAUACCUGAAUGCAGUACGAGCAACACUGCAGGCGGCUCUCUGCCUGGAAAACUUCUCCUCGCAGGUGGUCGAGCGCCACAACAAACCUGAGGUUGAAGUCCGGAGCAGUAAGGAAUUGUUGCUUCAGCCGGUUGUAAUUAGCAGAAAUGAUAAAGAGAAGGUCCUUAUAGAAGGUUCAAUCAACUCCGUUCGUGUCAGCAUUGCAGUAAAGCAGGCUGAUGAGAUUGAGAAGAUUCUGUGCCACAAGUUCAUGCGCUUUAUGAUGAUGAGAGCCGAGAACUUUUUCAUUCUGCGGAGAAAACCAGUGGAGGGCUACGAUAUCAGUUUCCUCAUCACUAACUUUCACACAGAGCAGAUGUAUAAGCACAAGUUGGUAGAUUUUGUCAUCCAUUUUAUGGAAGAAAUUGAUAAGGAGAUCAGUGAGAUGAAGCUGUCAGUCAAUGCAAGAGCACGAAUAGUUGCUGAAGAAUUCCUCAAGAAUUUUUAACAAAGGAUGUACCUCAGCAUACUGCAACACUUCAGCAUAAGCAGGGUGAAGGUUUGGGGCCUUGAAAUUCAAGCAAGCAACAGUGUGUGAGCAUGAGGGAGGACAAUACAUCAACAUGGGGUAAAAUGGACCAAGUGGAUUCAGGGCGUGUCCUCGCCACAGGACUGAAUUCGGGGUAUUGCAGUGUACUCAACCAAAAGCACUCAUGGAAUUCCAAGACACUCUGUACUGUUUAGUAGUUAUUAAAAUUACAUUAUUAAUCCUCUUGUGCCAACUUACUUUGCUUGCUUGUUACCUUGCUGUAACGUUCUCUACUACUUCAUGAUUUUUUCUCUUGGUAAUUUCCACUCCAUCUCUUUCCUUUUGCAGGUCGUCCCUUUAAUCUCAUCAAUAUUCUUUUAUACACAAGUGCUCACAGUGCUGCAGUAUAGAUUCACCUCAUCUUCCACCGUGCUUAUGAAUCAUGAUAUGCAUAGAUGCUGAACAAACCUUUAAUAUCAGGGUGGACAUUCUUAGAGAAUGUCUUUCAAUGUUCUUGAGCAUGAAAGGAAACAAGAGCCAAUGUUCCAAUAAUGUAAACUGUGUUAAUGCUCUUGAAUUAUUUGUAAAAUAUAUGUAUAUUGUGUGCAGAGUGACAUUUUCAUGUCUGAUUUUGAUAUAUUGACCUUUCACGCUUUUGCACAUGGAUUACACAAGACCUUGUUAGUUGUAGAGACAAGAUGACGAAACAAUUGUGAUGAUAAAUAAACAUCUCUUUAUUGGCA